CGAAAAGCUUUUCAACUCAUUUUUCCUCCGUUUGCUGCCUUAUCCCACCGAAGGUGAGUAAGGGUAACUCUCGACACACGUUUUUCGCUAUUUUACUCUCGCGUUCGGUGAGUCCCGUUGGCUGGUUGGUUGGCUGACUGGCGUUCGUCGUGUACGCGUGAAAGAGAAGCCAUGGUCCUUCCACCCCUGUUGAAAAGAACCACACCACAAAACAGAGCCAAGACGAACGAAGCGAGAGCGAACAUGGUGCCUGGCUACGAAAAUUUUCAACCGUGCAUCUACUUAGUUCUAAUUUAGUGCUAGUCGAAUUACCAUCUCCUCCCUGUUUUUCCUUCGGCCGGCGGUGACAAGUUGACGAGAGUGAGUGUUUCCAGAAGAGCAUUUCCGGAAUUGGAUUAAGCUGCGCGCGACUAUUUGCUAGCUGAGAUUCAAAAAUUUGAAAUUGCGUGAAUACCAUACAAUUGGAUACAUGUUUGAAACAGUUUUAAAGAGUGAAAAUCGGUGAAGGCGUCUUGGGAAUGAUGUUUUUAACGGUAAUGGAAAUUGGAUUCAAACGGAUGCAGUGACAAUUGUGCAACCCUAACUAUUGCACGUUGAAGAUGGUAGCGUCGUGAAUUGAGACCAGUCAGAAUGCAUUGAUAAUGUUGAAGUGGGGAAUCCUGAUAAGUAAGCACUAGUUAAUAUUGUACCAAAUGAAAUAGGAAAAGCAACAGUGACAAGUGUUUACAUGGAAUACUGUGUUCACCUUAGUGUAAUAUGAAGUGAAUGGUUGAGUGAUUAGCUCGAUCCUAUAUUAGAUAAAGAAAAAAAAGUGAAAACGGUUACCAAUUUCACCAGUCACGUGUUAUCCGUUCAAGAAUGUUCAGCAUGGCUCGGAAUAGUUUCAGCAGCGGUCGGAAAAACUGUUUCAACAGCCGAAGAAAGUGCUUUACAAUGCUGUUGAUUUUCCUGCUCUACAUGGUGUCCCAGGUGCAGUCCUGUGGUCCUGGCAGGGGGAUUGGAGGUCCCCGAAGAACCCGAAAACUGCUUCCGUUAGUGUUCAAACAGCAUGUUCCGAACGUUAGUGAGAAUUCGUUGGGCGCUUCCGGGAUGCAAGAGGGUCCCAUCUCUAGAAACGAUAGUAAAUUCCGCAAUCUGGAGACCAAUUACAAUAAGGAUAUAAUAUUCAAAGAUGAGGAAGGUACUGGAGCCGAUCGUGUGAUGACGCAGCGGUGUAAAGAAAAGCUGAAUAUCCUGGCUGUGUCGGUGAUGAACCAAUGGCCCGGACUUCGGUUGAUGGUAACGGAAGGCUGGGAUGAGGACCACAUGCAUGCACGUGAGUCCCUGCACUACGAGGGCCGGGCCGUCGAUAUCAUGACAUCGGACAAGGAUAGGUCCAAGAUCGGAAUGUUGGCGCGAUUAGCCGUCGAGGCUGGUUUCGAUUGGGUUUACUAUGAAAGCCGAAGUCACAUACACUGUUCAGUGAAAUCAGACUCGUCCCAGACGAAUCAUGCAAGUGGAUGCUUCACAGCUGACAGUACAGUGCAGACAGCCAACGGUGAGAAACGAAAACUCAGCGACCUACGAAUUGGCGAACAAGUACUUAGCGUGGACAGUUCGGGCAAUACGGUGUACAGCGAAGUGAUGAUGUUCAUGGACCGCGAUACUCACCAAAGCCGAGAAUUCGUCCACAUUGAAGCCGACGGCGGUGCGCAUCUAACCGUCACUCCGGCUCACCUGGUUCUGGUGUGGCAGAGACAAGACGGUAAAUCACUCUACUUAUUUGCCGAUCGCGUACAGGAAGGUGACUACAUCUUAGUCAACAUCAACAGCAUACUAGAGCCUCGGAAGGUGCUGAGGAUAUCUGCGAAACUAUCGCAGGGGGUGUACGCUCCACUAACUAGAGAGGGUACGAUUGUGGUGGACUCGAUAGCUGCCUCAUGCUACGCUCUCAUCGAUAGCCAAUCGGUGGCUCAUCUUAGCUUCCUGCCAUACCGAGCAGUGCAAAAACUUAUGAAUCUAUUUAGGAGUAGCAGUCAAAGCCGCAGCUUAAGUCUACCUCGACACGAAGGCAUCCAUUGGUAUGCCAAAACGCUGUACGCGAUCAAAGAUUUUGUCAUACCGAACGAUUGGCUAUACCACUAGUGAUGCUACGUGUAGCCUUAACCAUCGAAAAAUCUGCCAAUUAUGUGUAAAUAGUGUAAAUUACUAACAUAGAAUCGAAAAUAGCUUCCAUUGUUUCUCAUUGAUAUGAAACAAUUUAAAUGCAAAAGCGAGAGGGUAUGUGAGAUCUACUUAAAUUAUACUCGAAUGAAAGCGACAGUACUGAAUGUGUUUCCCAUCCAGAAAAUUUGAAAUUUAAAAUGCAAAUAUUCAAUGUGCAGAUUGGGAAGAGUAAAGUUAUUUUACUUGCUUAGCAAACUUCGGAAUGUUUGAGAAACGCUCCCUGAUAUUGUAACACAAAAUGUUGACGAAAAACGAAGCGGUUCAAUCUUAAUUGUAAUGUGAAACGAUGUCUAGUGCUCUUAAGUAGGAUCAAUAUCAAAUAAUUUAUUUUUAAUUAUUUUUGUAAAAUAUUUUAAAUUAACGAGUUGUAAUUUGAAACCCAAAAACCUAAUUGUUAAUAUUUUGAACAAAUUUGGCCAGUGACUACUAAUCAGCUUUUCAUUACAAGUGCAAAAUGAUUUGUAGAAAACAAAGUGAAAAUAUCAGUCAAAGCGAUGAAGCAGUACGAUUUGAUGUAAUAUUUAUCAAAUAGCAUUACAAGAAAAGUGAUAUCUAAUUAUAAUUUAUAGUCUUUACACAAUGACAAAUAAUUUAUGAACAAGCUGCAACUCAUAGCACUCGUGUACAUAUAGAAAUUAAUUUCAAAAGCUGAAAAGCCGUCAAACCUUACACGCACUGAAACGCAUGCAUUCCGACUCAACGUGAAACGUUUCAAAUCGAAUGGACAAAGCUCCAUACGCUUCUUUACCGACUAUCGAAACGCGAAAGCUUCCUAUAACUGUUCGCUUACUAAGGCGUUAUGCUACGCUCUGAAACGCUUCCCCGUUGAAGGCAAUGGAAGAAAAAAAAAACGGCCGAAAGCAAACGCCAGCCUCACAUCUGUUUGUAAUCGAACUCCCAGAAGCAGCGUGUUGUUACGUUUCAACAACUGCAGAAAGCAAGCUGUCUGUCAUCAUAUUGCAUCGCAUGUUAUUUCUGUAAAUAUAGCCAAAUUGAAGAGAACGCGCGGUUCAAAUGUAAAAAAGAUCAAAUAAACAAUGUUGUUAUUCAAAACAAUGAAAA